AGCCACAAUGUCUUCGCCAAUAAUUAUCGUUAGCGACUCAUCAGGCGCCACUUAGCUGGACGAUCUGCAGGUAUCUCGCAAUUUGACUCUCGAACCUCCCUAAACGGGAUAGUUAGUGAGCCUCUAACACGUCAGUUGCGUGCACGGUCCAAGCGUAUUAUUCCAUGGGGUGUCUCACGUUCAAAAAGUAAAGAAAUUGACCGCUGGAGUUGUGAUCCAAAGGCACUCUCCGCUUCACCUCGAGGAGAUUGACACCUGCAGCUUGAGCAUCUGCCAUUGGGCGAACAAGCAAACAUGGUCACAACAGUCUUCGCAGACUCGUCGGGUUUUGUACCGCAAGGACUCGAUCCCGCUACAAACAAGGAGCUGUUGGAAAUAUGGACCCGUGUUCAGAGUCGAGUGUUGGCGCUAGCCGAUGGGGACCAGCGCAAGAUUAGGCCGCUCGGUGUGAACGACGUGCUGUCGCACCUUGACGCGGCGCAGAAGAAAGACAAGGUGUCUUCUUGGAAGCUCCAGGCCAUUAAAGACUCAUUCAACAAAACUUUACUGUUCAUCCAAACGGUGGGCAGUAUAGCAGCGGGCGCUGCGUCCCAGGUAUGGCUUUCUCCAGUGUGGCUAAGUAGAUACGAGCUAACGGUCGGGAAGGCGUUUGGACCCUCAGAGCUAUGUUUCAAUGCACUCAAUUUUGUGAUCCAAGCAUGGCAGGGUUACCAAGGCAUUUUCGAAGAAUUAGCCGGGCUGCUGGAGAAAUGUACCGAAUAUCUAGGCCGCUUAGAGUACCACGUCCACGGCGGUAUGGACGCGAAAUUGAGUAAAGUCGCGUGCCAGCACUUGCUCCUCUUCGUGGAAAUUUGCGAUCAAACUGUUAAACUGCGCUCAAAGAGAAGAAAACUGCUUGCGGGGGCCAAAAUAUUGUUCCUACAGGAUAAUGGGGUCAAUGAUUUGCUAACCAGGAUGGAGAGUCUCGUAGAUAAAGAGAAUCGCCUGGUGGUUGCGCAGACAUUUGCGCUUGCCUCAGACGCUGCAACCAACUCGAAGGCGAAUCUCUCUCUCAUGCAGGGUCUUGUGGAUUCGUUUGCAGAGGACAGAGCUGAACAGAAAAAGGAAAAAGAUAAACAAUACAGGGAGCAAGUUGUCCUGAAGGCGCUGGCGUUUGAUGAGACCAAGAUGAAUCAAGAAAGCGGAGAGCCCGAAGCUUUCUGGCAGACGAUCUAUCGCAACUAUCUCAGGCAGCGUGUAAGGGGCACCGGCGAAUGGAUUUUCAGCGAACACAAAUAUGUUGCAUGGGAGAAAGGACAGUCCGGUCGACCUAUCCUGGCUAUUGCAGGUGGUGAAGGAACUGGAAAGAGCUUCCUCACGUCCACUAUCAUUAAGCGUCUUAAUCAGAGGAAGACCACGGAGAGUUCCGACCGUAGAAUCUCAACGGGCUAUUAUUUUCUGGAGGGGAAUUCUCGGGAUGAGCUGAAAAAUGCAACCAACCUCGAGACUGUCGCAAAGUCACUCGUUUGGCAGUUCUGUCAGUCUGAGCGGAUCUAUCUCAAGUCCGUCGCCCAAAUCUGUGAACGCUAUAGAGAGAUCGACCCGGCAGAUAUUUCAAAGCACUUGAUCUUUGGUAAUAGGGAUCUGGCCAACAUGAACAUCACAUUUUAUAUUGUCAUUGAUGGAUUGGGUGACACGGUUGGAGAGGGCUUGGUCAGGUUUUUACAGAGAGCUUCCAUACCCAUGCCCGGUCGCGACAUUCGCGUUCUCGUAACCGGGGAUCUUAGAUGCUUUGAACAGUUAAGCAAAACGGGGAAUGUCUGCUUUGAUUGCAUAUCUAUAAGUACUGAAAAUCGAUCGGAUGUUGAGAAGUUCAUAGAGAACCGGAUGGAUAAGAUGCCAGCGUUGACCGAUCACGCCCGCAUGGGAAUAUCAGAGCUGAGAGAUAAUAUUCGAGACAGAUUGUGUGCACAAACUAAAGGCGAUUACUUCAAGAUACAAAGGACCCUCGACCAUAUCAGCUCCCUGGAAUAUAAAACAGAUAUCAAACAGGCUCUGGACGAUGCAAGCAAGGAACGUUCGCAGCAGAUAACCGAGGAAAUCGAAACAAUGAACGAAAGCCGCUCAGAAAAAGAACUGUUGGAAAUCAAUGAAAUUGUACGCUGGAUUGUUUAUGGCAAGGAUCUCCUCACGCCAAAGCAGAUGUCUGCAGCUCUAUAUGUACGAAGCGGGGAGCCGUCGUUGCUGCCCCUUGAGCAAAAGUUCAAGAUCAAAUAUCCGCUUUUCGAGGUGGAUAGGAACGGCAAGGUUGAUUUCCGAUCGUCUGAGAUUGAGCGCUAUAUUCCUCUGAGAAAAGCUACCCAUGAGUUGGAGGAUUCGUAUGGUAAAGAGGCGGCACAAGCCGCAGAAGUUGCCAUGGUCAAGCACUACCUCCUCACGGUGUGUCCUUCGGAGGUUUAUACCAAGUUGAAGUUUGAGGCCUACCUCGCGCAACUGAUCAAGCCCAAGGGUAUCCGUAUCAAUAAGGAUGACCCACAUACGGGCGAGACAAAGAUGGCCUUGACUUGUUUAGACGUCCUGACAGAAGAGACUGAUCGAAAACGAAUGCGACUCCUUAAUUAUGCACGGAAAUACCUCUUAGAUCAUUUGUCAGCUGUUGAUUUAGCUCUGGCAGAUACUGCUUGCAAGAGCGCAGUGGGUAUACGCUUGGCGAAACUGUUUACCGAGGGCAGUUCAAUCGAUAUCUUACUACAUUGUGACAAGUCUGUUGAUGACCCUACUCUUCGAUUCAAGAUACGACGUUAUUGGCUUUACAGUAAUGACAGUGUUAAUACCAUCCUCAGAUGGUUUGGCGACUCUGCUGUUACCUCCGAGAUUUCCGACACGGCGACGCGGGCUUGGGUCGCGAAGGUAGCCUCUGAGGCAGAGCCGGAUGAGGAUCUAAUGAGACCUGCUGCAAAGAGAAUGGCAGUGCAUUUUCUACAAGAGGCGCAUUCGGAAUCAUUUACAAAGGACGCGUUCCUCUUCAUUGCUGGUUUCGUAAAUAAGAUUGAGCGUCGCAAGGGUGUUGUCACCCACGAAGUGAAUGACCCUAGCUAUGUUUAUUCGGUCGAAGAAAUAGAGAACGUUGAAAAUUGGUGUCAAACGGUGUUGGAUGUCAAGAAAAAGAAUUAUUUGUGGCACAUUCAAAUGGGCAACCUGUUGGAGGUGCUUGGGCUCCCCAGGCUCGCUGAGGCUAGAGCUCGUCAAGCCUUGAUGCUUGAUCCGCAAGACUGGCGAGCUUCAUAUUUGCUAGCAAAGCUAGUCGGGACCAAGGAGGGAAUCGAGAUUCUAGCUACUCCUAUUGGGGAACGUCUUGCAUCCGACACCCAGUGGCAACAAGAUCCUGUCCAGCGCAUCGGGUUUGCCAAGCUCCUAUACAUGUUUGGGCUACUUUACUGGGAAGACAGAUGUCCGAGCAAAGCCAUUGCAUACUGCAAAAUGGCAAUGGAACUUGACCCUACAAACUAUGAGCGGGUGACAAUGGUUUUGAGUUCUCUCGCUACCGAGGGCCGGUGGGAAGACAUCAUAGUAUCUCUGAAAGGAGUAAAAAAUUCAGCACACGUCUCACAGGGAUUGCCGGAGAUGGUAAUAGAGCUCUGGAACGCUGACCGGUUCCACCAGAUUUUCCUGCAAGCAGCACUACGGACAAAGCACUUUAAUCUCCUCGAAGAGACAUACGAACUUGCAAUCAAUCUCCUUCUAGAGCGCCAGGAGCGUGCCAUAUUAUGUUAUGUCCGAUAUUAUUAUGCUACAGCAAUAUACUCACUGCGAGAUCGAGAAUCUAAGGCGAUUUCUGAGUGGGAGAAAGUGUUGGUCGAAGUUCCCCAAUCCCAUUUGUAUACCAUUCUGCCGUUGUUGGUUAGCAAACUCGGUCCUCUCUAUCUCCAUAAGGCACGGACGUCGGGGGACGACACAGAUGCUGCUUCUUCAUACCUCCAGAAGCUUGAGACCUUAAUUCCGGAUGGAGCGCCUGGGGCCGACGCACUCCUCCCGCCGAAGCUUUAUCUUGCGCGGUACUACCAGACACAGGGAGACGUACUACGAGCUAAACAAAUCACUCGAGAGAUUGUGAAGCAGGCUCUUGAAAUACUGUCAGACGAUGAUGAAGACAAUGACAAAUACGCCUAUUUUAAUCUGUUGACUGUGUUUCUACCCCUGGAGGAUAACAGGAAUAUGCUAGCAAGUUUGGCCAUGAUGUCACUCAACACUUCCGACACUGGAAUCCUCUACUGUGAUGGAGACUGUGGGAAUUCCUGGUCAUAUUUGGGAGAGAUGCUGUGGUGUAAGGAUUGCAUUGACUUCCAGAUUGACAAGGAAUGUCACCGGAAACUUUGCGAUGGCGUCCUUCCCUUCACGGUCUGUCAUAGAAGCCAUGACUUUCUCCACAUUCCCGGAAGGGAGUCAAUCACCCAGGAUAUUCCGGUGGGCUGCGUGCCUUUCGGAGAAGCGGUCAUAACUUUGGACGAAUGGUUGGAGCUUAUUAGAAGGAAUUAUGUUUAUAUUGAGCACUGAUUCAGAGAAACCCAUCGUACAUACAUACAUU